UCGAGAUCGGGAUUCCAGAAAAGCAGAUGAACUUGUCAAUGAGGGUUACGACAUACGCGACAUUCGUCAAACUCGCAGGGAGAUCUUUUCAUUCCGUCAUGUCCACUAAACUCCCCCAUUUCGCGGAGGGGGAAGUCGUUAAGGGCUUUGGAAGGGGCAGCAAGGAGCUAGGGAUUCCCACGGCCAACUACCCAGAGAGUGUGGUAGAUAACCUGCCCAAGGAGAUGCCCCUGGGUGUGUACUAUGGCUGGGGCAGUGUUGAUGACGGCGAGGUCUACAAGAUGGUCCUGUCGGUUGGAUGGAACCUGUACUACAAGAACACUAAAAAGUCCAUGGAGACCUACUUGAUGCACACAUUCAAUGAGGACUUUUAUGGGUCAAAGUUGAAGGUCGUCAUGCUGGGGUAUAUAAGACCAAUGAAAGACUUCUCCUCUCUUGAUGAGUUAGUGAAAGCUAUAGAAAAUGAUAUCUACGUGGCUAAACAAAAACUGGACCAACCAGAGAACUUAAAGUACAAAACAAACAAUUUCUUCUCACCCUCUGGUGGGAAGGGCAAUGAAGAAGCAGAAAUCCCUGAGACAAAUGGUCCGAGCCAUAUAUCACGUUGAGAUAUAGGAGAGAGAGAGAGAGAGAGAGAGAGAGAGAGAGAGAGAGAGAGAGAGAGAGAGAGAGUUGGGUAUUUAUGUUCUGGGUAAUCCAAAUUAUUUUUUCAAGUUUUUUUUUUUUAGGUGUCAAGCUAAUGCUCAUCAGCAUUCUAGCGAUCAUCUGGUUUUAUGUAGGACGUACAUGUUCAUACUUAUAUGUAAACUUAACUUAAUGGUACAUACAGUUUAUGUU